CAGUAGCAGCAAUAAUAAUAAUAAUAAUAAUAAUAAUAAUAAUGAUAACAAUACAAAUUCAAUGAUACAGAAAUCUUUAAAACGGAAACCUGCCACACUUAAGUGCUUCAUUGCAGACAUUGAAUGGGGACUUAAACUGAUGUUGUGUAUUGCAGGUAAUGAAAUAGACAAUCAAGAAGACAAUCAAAAGGUCAAACAAGAGGAGAAUCAAAAGGACAAUCAAGAAGACAGUAAGAAGGAAAAUCCUGAGAAAAAUCAAAAUGACUAUCAAGAAGACAAUCAGAAGAAUGAUCUAGAGAACAAUCAGAAAGAAUUUAAAGAAAAUAAUCAGAAAGACAACCAAGAGUACAUUCAAGAGGACAAUCAAAAAGACAGUAAAGAGUACAAUCAAGAGGACAAUCUAAAGGAGAGUCAAGAAUACAAUCAAGAGUACAAUCAAAAUGAGAGUCAAGAGCACAAUGAAGAGGACAGUCAAGAUUACAGUCCAAAAGAUCUAAAUAACAGUCAAGAGUACAGUCAAGAGGACAGUCAAAUGGACAUUCAAGAGGACAAUCUAAAGGACAGUCAUGAGUGCAAUCAAGAGGAAAAUCUAAAGGAGAGCCAAGAAUACAAUCAAGAGUACAAUCAAAAUAAUUACAGUCAAGAGCACAAUGAAGAGGACAGUCAAGAUUACAGUCCAAAAGAUCUAAAUAACAGUCAAGAGUACAGUCAAGAGGACAGUCAAAUGGACAUUCAAGAGGACAAUCUAAAGGACAGUCAUGAGUGCAAUCAAGAGGAAAAUCUAAAGGAGAGCCAAGAAUACAAUCAAGAGUACAAUCAAAAUAAUUACAGUCAAGAGGACAAUGAAGAGGACAGUCAAUACGACAAUCGAAAAGACAGUCAAGAGGACAACCAAGAGGACAAUAAAAAUGAUAGACAAGGGUACAAUCAAAACCACAAUCAAAAUAUUGGUCAAGAGAACAGUCGAGUGGAAAAUCAAAAGGAAUGUCAAGAGGACAAUCAGAAGGACAGUCAAAAAGACAAUCAAGAGGACAGUCAAGAGCAAGAGGACAAUCAAAAGGACAGUCAAGAGUACAAUCAAGAGGACAGUCUAAAGGACAGUCAGCAGUACAAUCAAGAGGAAAAUCAAAUAGUAAAUAAAAAAAAGAGUGAAGACAUUGAAAAGAAAAUUUUAGAAGACCAAGUCAUUCAAAAUAGUAAAAAUGACAUUGAAUAUAACAAUCAAGAAGACAAUCAAGAAGAAAGUAACAAAGCUAUUAAAGGUCAGCAAGAGAAUUUUGGUCGUGGCUAUCUGUCAUUUGUUGGUUCACAUUUGAGUAAAAAAGAACUAAGUGAAGUUAAAAGACUGGCAAGAUUAAGCGAAGGAGAAUUCACUGGAACGUUCAUUGCAAAUAGAACGACACAUGUUAUUAUUAAGACAGACGCUGACCUUGUAUGUACAAGAACUCUUAAGUACUUUCAGGGGAUAUCAGCCAGAAUCUGGAUCGUUUCAUAUUCAUGGGUAACAGCUUGUUUGAAGACUGGGUACUUUUUGCCAGAGGAAGCUUAUGAAGUAGUAGGCGACGACAUCAAUGGUGAAAAUCACAAUGGCCCCAAAAGAGCAAGAAUGUGGAAAAAGGAAUUACUGAUGCACAAAUAUAAAAUAUGCCCUGUGGGGGAAUAUACAGGAUUAAAAAAAGAUGAACUUAAACUGUUGGUUGAACUUUGUGGUGCAACAACAGUUGUAAAUCCAACACUAGUUUCCCCAUUAAGUGGUCAGUUACUCUACAUUAUAGUCCAAGAAUAUUCAGAUAGAGAAUAUUACAAAGGCCUCUAUGAACAAUACAAAAUACCAGUAAUAUCACUUGAAUGGGUCCUGGACAGUAUAUCAGCUUACUGUAUACAGCCAAUUGAAAUUUAUGAUUUGUCUGGGAUAAAUGAAUACAUAGAUCUUGAUAAUGAGGAAGACAAUAAUGAAAUCCAUCCUGGCAUUAACAACGUUCCAGAUACGGGAAGUGAGUUUGUAAGCCCCAUAAUGCAGGUGACAAAAAAUAGUGUUAAAUGCCAAAACAACGAUGAGCAUCAUACAGAACACAAAAAACAAAAAAUGUAUGAAGUGCAACAAGUAGAUGAUAAGAAUCUUUCGAAUGAAAAAGAUGAAAAUUUUUCUACUGCUAGCAUGAACAUUCCAGAAUCAAAAAUAUCAUCCGAGUCCAGUGUAAGCCCUGUAGGCAAAUAUAUUCCAGAUACGGGAAGUCAAUGUGUAAGCGCUGAAAUGCAAAUGACAAAAAGUAGUGGCAAACGCAAAAAUGAAGUUGAACUACAUAAGGGACACAAAAAGAAAAAAAUAUAUGAAGUGCAACUGCAACAAGUAGAUAUAAAUCUCUCGAAUGAAGAAGAUGAAAAUCAUUCUACUGCUAGCAUGAACAUUCCAGAAUCAAAAAUAUCAUCCGAGUCCAGUGUAAGCCCUGUAGGCAAAUAUAUUCCAGAUACGGAAAGUCAGUGUGUAAGCUCUGAAAUGCAAAUGACAGAAAGUAAACGCAAGAAUGAAGUUGAGCAACAUAAGGGACACAAAAAGCAAAAAAUAAAUGAAGUGCAACUGCAACAAGUAGAUAUAAAUUUCUCAAAUGAUGAAAGUGAACAUUAUACUAUUUCUAGUGGUAGCAUAUAUAGUCCAGGAGUAGAAAUUUCAUCAGAGUCCAGUGUAAGCUCAGUAAUAGUAAAAAUUAAAAAAGAUGGAUCUAAGUACAAGAAGAAACAUGACAAGCAAACAAAACAUAAAAAACAAAAGGAUAAGAAACACAGAAAGCAUAAGAAAAACAAGAGAGAGGCAAUUAUAGAACUAAGGAAUGAGGAUGAUGUUGGUGCAGGAUAUGUUAGUGGCUGCAGUAAGAAACACAAGAAACAAAAAGCUUAUGAACAUCAGUCAGUCAUCAAUAUGAAAAGAGAUGAAGAUAAAGUCUAUCUUAGGUGUGGUGUAUCUGCUACUAAAUGCAACAAAAAUGAGAAGCACAAAAAACAAAAACAUAGUAAACACAAGAAACAUAAAAAACACAAGAAACAAAAAUAUAAUGAAGUUCAACUGGCACGUAGAAAUAAUGAUGGCAAAAGGAUUUGGUCAAAGAAAGACUUUUGUUAUUUUUGUGGAAAGGCUGAUUUCAAAAUAUCACGCCACUGGUCCAUUUGGCAUAAACAUGAAAUAUUAAUAAAUGAAAUUGAGAGUCUUCCUAAGUUAUCUAAAUUAAAGCGGGAAAAGAUAGCAUUCCUUCGAAACAGGGGUAAUCUUAAAAACAAUUUUAUAGUUUGGGAAAGUGGUCAAGGCAAAAUCGUUCCACGAAAGAGACCAAGAUACAACGAGGAGGCCACAGAAUACUUACCAUGCGAAUUUUGCAGUGGCAGCUUCAAAAAAGGUGGACUAUUAAAACACCAAAAAUCCUGUUCACAGAGGCAUGGAAGAGAAAAACAUAGAAGAGUACAGUCAUCGGCAAACAUGAUGAUUCCCUGCAGAAAUUCUGGAGAAAUUUCAGAUUUACUAAAGACAAAAGUUUUAUCCCGGAUGAACUUUGACAGUAUAUCAGCAGGAGUUAGAAAGGAUGAUGAUAUCCUAGCAUAUGGAUCAAAGAUGAUUAAAAAUCAUCCUGAAGAGCACCAAGCGCUCUUAGUAUCUCAAAAAAUGCGGGAUUUGGCUAAAUUGGUUUUAGCUGUUUCUGUCGCUGAUCCCUCAAUAACAAGAAUAAGAGAUUGCAUCAAUCCAAACAAGUUUGACACAGUUGUUGCUGCCGUAAAGAGCGUUGCACAGUAUUCUGAAGAAACAAACAGCUACAAGGUACCUUCUUAUGCAAGAAACAUUGGUUUCGAGAUAGACAAAAUAGUAGCACAUCUAAGUUCUGAAGCAAUAAAAAAGGGAGACAAAACACUUGAAGAUAAUGUUAGGAGUUUCAAAGAUGUCAAACUGUCUGAAUGGAGGAAUGAGGUUACAUUUUUGGCUCAUCACACAUUGCAGUCACGAAGUAGAAACAAAACAAACCUGAUUCCAUUAGCUGAAGACUUGACAAAGCUUGCUAAAUAUCUACAAAAUGCCAUACUUGAGAAGACGAACUUACUUAGAAAAAAUCCAACUUGCCCAUAUGAGUGGCAAGACUUAUGCCAAUUAGCAUUAACCCGGGUUUCCUUGUUUAAUAAAAGACGGAGUGGUGAGACUGAAAGGCUAUUACUUGAUGAUUAUAGAAAAGGAUAUAACAAGCAGGGUGAUGAUGUUCCAGAAGAAGUAUAUACGAGCUUGACAGAAGUGGAAAAGGCAUUGGUGCGAAAGUUACUGAGAAUAGAAGUUAGAGGGAAAAGAGGAAGAAAUGUUACUAUUCUAUUAACUAAAGAAAUGGUGUCAACCAUUAACUUACUUAAUGAAUCUAGGGGUACUGUUGGAAUAGCUAAAGAAAACCCUUAUGUGUUCAGUAGGCCUUUUUAUGGAUCUGUAUUCCCAAUGAGAGUGAGUGAAUGCUACAGGAAAUUCUCAAAAGAAAGUGGUGCUAAAAACCCAGAUGCUGUUAGAUCAACAAAGCUUAGAAAGCAUAUUGCUAUCAUGUCACAGAUACUAUGUCUCCAAGAAAAUGAGUUGGAUUUACUAGCCUCAUAUAUGGGCCAUGAUCUUCGAAUCCAUAGAGAAUUUUACAGGUUGCCAGAAAACACCCUACAGUUAGCAAAAGUUUCUAAACUGCUAAUAAUGAUGGAACAAAAAAUGGUCAGUGCCUACAAGGGAAAGAAUUUGGAUGAAAUUGAUAUUUCAUUGGAUGGAAGUAGUGAUGAAGAAAAUCAAGAGAACAAUCAAACAGACAAUGAAGAAUGCAGUCAAAUAGAUGAUCAAGAAGACAAUCAAAUAGAAAGUAAAAAACCCAAUCAGGCUAACAACGAAGAACACAAUGAAGGGGAAAAGGAAAGAGACAGUGACGAAUGCAAUGAAAGAGAUAUUCAAGAGGACAAUCAAAGAAAUAUUCAAG